AGGAGGGUGAACGCCUCAAGAGACAAGAAGUGAGGAGUGAGAGGAGAGAAAGAGAGAGGCGAGGGAGUGAGGAGUUGGAAGGAACACACUCGGACUCAGAUUACAGAAACAGGCCUGAGCGUUCCCUCAAAGAUGUCGAAGAAAAAGGAGUACAGCCCUGUAAAGAUCUCCAAGAGUCAGGCCAACGACCUCGCCGUGCUGAUUUCUCGCAUGCAGAAAAAUGCCGACCAGGUGGAGAAGAAUAUUCUGCAGUCAGAGGAGCUGCUGGCUGUGGACACAGAGCGCGAUAGGAAGAAUCUGCCCCUGAUCCAUCAGAAGGUGAAUGCAGACAACCUGUCCGAGGCCGAGGGGCUGCUGAAGGCCCUCUACAUGGACGUGGACAAAUCGAAGAGGCUGCAUCACCCGCAAUCCGCUGAGAUAGAGCGAGACGUGCGAAAUCUUCACGAUCGCUGGGCGAAGGACUGCACCAUCUACAGGGAGAUGUACAACCAGAUGUUGGGUUUGGAUCUGACGCAAAAGAUCGACUGGGGUCCUCUGCUGGAUGAAAAGCUGAAAGAGUUAAACGCGGGGACGUACGGUCCCAACCUGAACGAUGUAGAGAAGCAGAUCGCGGAACAUAACAUCCUGCACCAGGCGAUCGAGGCCUACAACGACCAGCUGCAGCCCAGCACCACCACUCAGGAAAAGUACAACGCCCUCAAAGAGAAACAUGCUAACCUCUAUGAGACCUCCAAGCACAGACGCAACCACCUGGCCUCUCUGUACGACUACAUGCAGAGCUGCAGUAAGGAGUUAAUCUACCUGUCGGGCCAGCAGGAGAGGAUCCUCCAGAGAGACUGGAGUGACCAUAUGAUCGACCCCCCGGGCGUUCGCAUGGAGUACGAGAAAUUCAAAACUAGCGGACUGCUGGCACACGAGAGAGAAACCAACCAGCUGCAGCAGGAAGGAGAUCGUCUCAUUGAGAUGAGACACCCGGGCAGCCCAACAAUAAAAAUGCACAGAGACGCCGUGCAGACCGAGUGGCAGGCCUUCCUCAACCUGUGUCUCGCACAGGAGAUUCACCUGGACAACAUCGAGAACUACAAGAAGUUCCAGCUGGAUGCAGAGACGUUGUCCGACUCCUUGGAGAGACUCAGCUCCACUCUGGACCCGAAGGCUCUGUCCAACAAGACCAACCCCGAGGUCGUGCUGGCACUGGAGGGAGAUGAACCUGCAGUGAAGAGGAACGAGCAGCGCCUGGCCGCCCUCAGGGAGCUCAGCGGCGAGAUUGUGCCUCUGAAGCUGCGUCGAAGCAAACCCACCAAACCGACCACGGUGGUGUCUCUGUGUGACUGGGCAGAUGAAGAGGACACAGUGAGGCGCGGUGAGUCCCUGAACCUGAAGUCCAACGCUGAUAAUAAGAACUGGGAGCUUCAGAGCAGCAGCGGGAAGAUCAGAACGCUCCCUGGGGCGUGCUUCAUGGUCCCACCUCCUGAUGCCGAGGCCCUGGAGAAAGUAAACAGUCUGGACAGAGCGCUGUGCGAUCUGAAGAACCAAAGAUCUGCACUGUUGACCUCCGUGAAGAACUCCACUGUGGAGGUGGUUCGUCCUCAGAGGACAGCCUCUGUACAAAGUCUUCCCGAGGACCCCAGAGCUGCAGAGCUCGCCAGUGAAUUAGACAAGAUCAACAGAGCCCUGGAACAGUGUGAAAAACAAAUCCUGAGUCGACUCAGAGCGCCGCUGGACAGCCGCAACCCCACGCAAGACCUGGCAGACAGGCUGCAGCAGCACCAGAGAUCAGCUCAGACUCUGAGAAAACUGGAGUCUGAGAAGGACGCGAUCCAGAUAGAGAUGGAGCCCAUCCUGGCCAAGAAACCGCUGGGACCCACUGCCUCCACGCUGCCCCCCAAACUCAGCGCUGCCAACAACAAGAUCGACGACAUCAACGCCAUCAUGGAUCUUUAUAGCAAAAAAGCUACAGCCUCCAUGUUCCUGGAGAAGCAGAUGCAGAAAGUGGACGGUGUCCUCUCUGGGUUCGAGGAGCAGCUCGCUAAAGAUGGCGUCAUUCUUGAUAAACCCGACGCCCUCCAGCAACGCAGCCAGCAGCUGCAGAAUAUGUGCAAGGACGUCGCCUCAACAAAGGUUGAGAUAAAUAAAUUAGGCAAAGACUUGGACCUGACGGCACAAGCCUCCAGCCCCCUCCAGCAAGGCUUCAGUGAAUACUGCCCUGACAUCCGCCGCCAGGAGAACGACGUGAAAAAACUGAAGAACCGCUACGCAAACGUCAAUAAUCAGCUCCUGGAAAGGUCUGCUCUCAUAAAGGAAACAACCAAUAAAAAUCAAGAUUUCCAGAAUGCUGUUCAGUCGUUGGAUUUCUUCUUGGUCAAUUUGCCCAAUAAUGCGAUCAAACCGACGGACGACGUGGUGCAGAUAACAGCCAAGCAGAACUCUCAAAGGAAAGUGACGGACGACAUCAGGAAGAAAUCGGCUGAUUUGGAACGUGUCAAAGGUCUUUCCCACGAACUGCAGGACAUCUUAAACGAGUAUGAGGUCAAGUCAAACACUUUCCGUGGCACUCUGGUUGAUGACGAUGACGACGACGACGAUGAAGACGAUGAUGAACCGAUCCCAAAGACACGUAAAAUUUCAACAAUGGCUCAAGCCGUGCAGAGAAAGGAGAGAAAUCUUCAGAACCUUUUCUCUGAGGUGUACGCAGAAAACGACCAGCUGCUCAGCCAGCUGGGAACGGCAAAGAACAUGAAGACCAGGAAUGAAGAGAAAGUUAGUCAGGUAGUCGUCAAUCAGCAGCUGCAGCUACAAAACCAGAGGAGGGAUCUGGUGGAGAGCGAUGGUCUGAAAACUGAAUUAAGUGAGGAGGUCGCCAGGCGCUUAUAUGCUGAAAAAGACCUGGAAACAUACCGUAAGAGGUUUGUGUCUCUGAAGAACAGGAGAGGAGUGGAGAGGCUGGAGGAGAAGGAGGUGGUGCAAUACUACCGUGACCCCAAGCUGGAGAUGGAACUAAAGUCCCUGAAAAAUCGGAUCCAGGAGGAAAUUUCUAAGAGGUCGAGAACCAGUUCAGAGAUAGAAACGUUGAAUGAGAAGAUCAUCAAAGUGGAACUAGAGCUGUCCAGAAUCGAACCUAAACUGGUGACCAAGGUACUGACUGAAUACGAAAGAGACCCGCAGCUCGACAAAGAAGCCGCCAAGAUCAGAGAUGAGAUGGAGAGAAUACAACUAGAUCUCCAAACGAGAGAUAGCGAGACAGUUAAUGUGAAAACUGUGCUCACGGUUCUUGCUCAGCAGAAACCCAAAAUCAGGGAGAAGGUCGUUAAGAAGGAGGUGGUGAGGCUUGAAAAGGAUCCAGAGAUGCUGAAAGCUGUUCUCAUGUUCCAGAGUGAUAUUGCGGAAGAGGAAACCCACUGCAAGUCGCUCAAUGAUAGAGUUUUUAGCACGAGGAGCCAGAUUAACACACUAGAGAGGGUCAUUCCCACUGUCCAACCCAAGAUAGUCACCAAGGUGGUGAAGCAAGUACAGCAAGAUCCAGAAACAGCUGAGGAGGCGAAGAAAACUCGAGUUGCUUUGGAAGAAGAGAAAGAUGAGAUUGCUAUCUUGAUGAAGGACCUGACCACCCUUCAGAUGCGUUACAGCGAAUUGGACAAGCUCAGGCCUAAAGUCGAAGUCAAGGAGCUCAUCAACGAGAUCUACAGAGUUGACCCUGAGACAGAGGUGGAGCUGGUGCGUCUGAGGAAAGAGCUUGCGGAAUCGAGCCGUAAACGCACAGACUUGGAGAAAGAAAUCACCACAAUCGUCACAACUCUGACUACCCUGCGUGCUCAGAAACCCAAAGUAGAGUACAAGGAGGUGACCCAGGAGGUGAUCAAAGAAGAAAAAAGCCCAGAAGUCGUCAGGGAAAUGCAAAGGCUAAACAACCAAGUUUCCCGUCUGCAAGUCAACUAUGACACCACCUUAGAGCUGCUGACCCGCCUACGUAAAGAAAGAGAUGAGUUGAAAACCGAAAAGUCGAAGGUGGAGACCAAGUUAGUCACUAAAGAGCUCAUCAAAUAUGAGAACGAUCCUCUUCUUGAGAAAGAGGCUGACAGACUCCGGAGGAAUGUAAGAGAAGAGAUUCACCAACGCCGCAGUGUGGAGGAGUGUCUCUUUGACCUUCAGAACCAGUACAUUGUCCUUGAAAGGCAGAAGCCAGAGGAGAAGAUUUUAAUGCAAGAAGUGGUGCGUCUUCAGAAGGACCCCAAGCAGAUGCUGGAGCAUGACAGGUUGAACAGGGACCUGGAUGAGGAAAUGAAAGCCCGUAGGAAGCUUGAAUUAGAGGUCAGACAGCUCAGAGGCCAGGUUCAAGAAAAGGAGAGCACCCUGGCUCAUAUGGAUGAUCGUCAGAAGAAGAUUCUCGUAGAGUCCGAGCUCAGACAGAUCAAGUCUCGCAUUCUUGAACUUGAAAAUUGUCCACCGCCUGUUGAAGAAAAGAUCAUCAUCGAGGAGGUCCUGAAGGUGGAGAGAGACCCCAAGCUGGAGAAACUUACUGAUGGUAUACGUGUCAACUUGGAGACCGAAGGCACCAAUAUUAGUCACCUCGAGAGAGAAAUCCGCAACUUGAGAGUCAAGUUGGAAAUUCUACAAAAGGAGAAGUCAAUCGAGAAGGUCAUCUACAGAGAAGUCGUUCGUGUAGAGAAAGACCCAGCGUUGGAGGCUGAAAGGGAACAUCUGAGAGAGCUCGUAUCGCAGGAGAGAAACCUCAGGCGUGACCAGGAGGAUACCACCCAGAACAUUAACAUCAAGAUUACCCAUCUGCUGACGUCAAAGUCUGCAACUUCUCAGGAGGAGACCUCUCUCAUCAGCAACAGAGAUGCUCUGCAGAGGGAGAAGGAGGAUCUCCUCAAACAGCUCAGAUCGAUCGAGUCUCAAAGACAGAACAUCACCAUAACCUUCCAGCAACAGUCCAAGCUGAUGAGUGAGAAAAACCAGAUGGCACGGCAGAGGAGCCUCAAAAUAACCUCCGAACUGCAACGUCUGGAGAAACAAAUCCUAAGCGAAAAGGAUAAAAUACACCAAAAGGACACGCUCAUCCUUGAGUUGCAGAACCUCAUCAAAAAAGAAGAUGCGUCUGAGACUCACACCAAAGAGACAAAUCUUUCCACAAAGAUUACCAUCAUGGAUCCAGAAACCGGUAAGGACAUGUCUCCCUAUGACGCCUACAUGCUGGGGCUAAUUGAUCGCAACCACUACAUUCGCCUGUCGCAGCUGGAGUGCGACUGGGAGGAAAUCACUUCGAGUGGUCCGGAUGGGGAUACAACAAUUCUGCAGGACCGCAAAAGUGGAAAGCAGUACCCCAUCAAGGAGGCUCUGAAGACUGGUCGCCUGACUCAGUCUGACUUGACGCGCUACAAGGAAGGGAAGCUGCACAUUUCGGAGUUUGCCCUUCUUGUUGUAGGGGAACCCAAAAAGCCAGACCUCCCUCCUCUAACAAUCCCACCAAGAUCACCCAUCAAACCGACACUAAUGUCUCCUGUCUCUCCUCUGAACUCCAUGCACUCCUCCCUGAGGUCCUCCUACACCAGUCUCAACAAUAACCAUAGUGGAAGUACAAACAACCUCAGUCUGCUAAGUAUGGCAGGUGAUGAGUCUUUCCCCAUCUCUGGUAUUUAUGAUACCACCACCGACAGUCGCAUGUCUGUGAGAAGCGCCCUGACCCGCAAACUCAUCGAUGCCGACACAGCUCUGAAGCUGCUGGAGGCACAAGCAGCCUCCGGUGGAAUCGUUGAUAUUGGAAAGAAGGACAAACUGUCCGUCCACAAGGCAGCUGAACACGGCAUCAUUGACCCGGCUCACAUGUACAAGCUCCUGAAUGCCCAGAAGGCCUUCACCGGAGUCGAGGAUCCGUUGACCAAAGAGCGACUCGCAAUAGGGCCAGCCAUGCAGAAAGGGUAUAUGCCCAAAGAAAAUGCCAGGAGGUACAUGGAGGCGCAGUACUUGACCGGCGGAUUGGUGAAUCCCUCCAAAGCAGGUCGCCUCACUGUCCAAGAAGCUCUCGACAGCAACCUGAUUGACAGCGCAACUGCUGAUGAGCUGAAAAAUGAGGCUUCCCACGCAAAAGAGCUGGUAGACCCCAUCACCGGAGAGACGAUGACAUACAAGCAGGCGAUGGAUCGGUGCAAGAAAGACGUCAGCACGGGGCUCCUGCUGCUUCCUGUAGCCUCAACCGACGCCGCAAACGCCCCGUCAUACUCAAACUAUCGGUUCAGUUCCUCCUACAACUAAAUCUAGAUGAAGUUUAAGAUGUUAUGUUUGUUGCAGCCACCAGUGGUGAUAAUGCUAACUGCUACAUGUAAAGAUACAAAGUUAUAUGUUCAUACAUUUUUGGAAAACACUGGAAAAAAUACAUUUUUGGGGAAGUGUACAUGUGGAUUUUGUUUUUUUUUCUUGGGGGUUGUGCUGUAAAAAAAAAAUGAAGGUAAUUUUUGUUUUAUAAGGUGAACUUGUUUCAGCACUCUCAAGCUAAAUCCUUCACAUGUGCUUAAUAAACUCCACAAGUCUCACAUUCA